AGUGAAAGAUAGGAAAAGGAAACCAUGGCUGCCACGGCAAACGAGUUGACAAGCUUUUCUUUCUAUCUUAUGUUUUCUUUUCAUAAUCGAUCUGAUCUCAUUUAACUGACGUAAAAUCAUAAAUUAUAAUCGAUCAGCGCUCGCUCGCACAUGAUGUUUGAAUGUCGUCACGUGAGAUCAUCAGUUUACAUGUAAAGUCAUGGCGAUGGUGUCUGUGAGAGGUCUCUUCUUCAUCAUAACUCUGUUCUUGGGCAGUUUCUAUGGCAGCGUCUUCAUGUUGGGUCCAGUUGUGCCUCUCAUGCUGUUGUCACCUGCAUGGUACCGCUGGAUUACUGACCGCAUUGUGGCCACCUGGCUCACGCUGCCAGUGGCGUUGUUGGAGCUUGUGUUUGGGGUGAAGGUGGUGAUAACAGGUGAUGGUUUUGUUCCUGGUGAGCGAAGUGUAAUAAUAAUGAACCAUCGCACCAGAUUGGAUUGGAUGUUCCUGUGGUGCUGUCUGCUGAGGUUCAGCUACCUGCGUCUGGAGAAGAUUUGCCUUAAAGCCGCGCUGAAGGUCGUGCCUGGAUUUGGUUGGGCGAUGCAGAUGGCCUCCUUCAUCUUUAUCCAUCGUCGCUGGGAAGAUGACCGUACUCACAUGACCAACAUGCUGCAGUAUUUCUGCCACAUCAGAGAACCGGUGCAGCUUCUGCUGUUCCCCGAGGGAACGGACCUCACCGAUAACACUCGCGCCAAGAGUGAUGAGUUUGCUGAAAGAAACAGCCUUCCUAAAUACGAGUUUGUCCUUCACCCGCGGACAACUGGCUUCACCUUCAUCGUUGACACUCUGAGGAAAGGUAACAACUUGGAUGCUGUCCACGAUAUUACUGUUGCUUAUCCCCAGAACAUCCCGCAGACGGAGCGCCACUUAGUGCUGGGUCAGUUCCCACGCGAGAUCCACUUUCAUGUCCAGCGUUACCCCGUGUCAUGUCUGCCUCGAUCCGCUGCGCAGCUGCAGUCCUGGUGUCAGGAGCGCUGGGGGGAGAAAGAACAGCGACUGCAAGACUUUUAUCAGGCCGUUCCGCGUGCCUUCGAUGCCCCUGAAGCUCGCGUGCCUCCGUGUAAGAGCGAGCUGAGAGUAACACUUAUUAAAGCUGCUUCACUUCUUUAUUGGAGCUCGUUCAUCACUCUCUCUUGUGUGGGGCUGUGGCUCUGGGUCUCUAUGCGAAUCUUCUUCGUGUUGAUGGUGAUCUUCUUCCUGGGUCAACAGCGCUUGAUGGGUGGGAUUGAGAUGAUGGAAUUGGCGUGUCAUCGACACUGGAAUAGUCAGAGUUCAAAGGAAGGACGGAACAAUGAAACUGAGGUAAAAAAAGAAUGAAAAGAGAGGCCUGGCCCUGGAUCAGCACGUUUGUCUGUUUUGUGGUUAACAGCACCACCUCCUGCAGGCCGAGAGCUGCACCAGAGAUGCAUAAGUGGUUCAAAAAGUGUCAUUUUCAUACUGAAACAAAUGCACAGCUGCGUGUGCUGUUUCUCCAAUCACCGUUUUGUUUGUUAUGUUUAAAUGACUGACCCAGCACCCAAUGAUUUGAGUUUGUGCCACAGCUGCUGUAAACUAACAGUAUUGGUGAUUGCUGAACUUUCCAAUUAACUGUUUUGCAAGAAAGGCCAAAAAAAUAGUAAAGCACUUUGUUUUUAUUCAGAUGCCCAAUUACAGUUAAUAACAGAAAAGAACAGACACUGGAAACGUACAUAAAAACAAUGCCAGCAAGAAAACAAGGCCACUGGAGCCCAUACAAAAAGACUGUUUUUUUAUGUAAAGUUUGCCUGAAAACAAAACAAUAACAUUUUUAGUUUUAAAUAAGUUUUUGACAGAUUCCUAAAAUAUUUGUUUUCGUUUUUAUUAUGACAGGAAGUCGAGGCGCUGUAUAUUUGUUUUAAAUGGUAUCAUAAGUUUUGUUUGUAUUUAUUUGUUUAAUUGUAAUGGAAUGCAGCCAUAUCUUCUUAUAUAGGAAACCUGUAGCAAUACUUAGUUGGUUUCUGUGGUUAAUGUGUCAAACAUUAGAUUGGAUUCACAUGACAGCAGGUGUCCUGUUAUUCCUACCGUUGUUCAGGAAUGAGAUGUUCUGUAAACACGACAUUUUUUCUAGGCGUCACUUUAGAGACAAUCUACAUUAUAAAUCAGAAUCAUUCUUGAGUUAUCAAUGUAUUUCCAAAUCAUUUCUCGUUGCUCAUAGAUUCAGUGCUGCAAAUCGCCGUCCAGCUGCAUGUUUCAUACUCUUCUCCAGUUUCUUCUCUCUCUCUGUUGUUGUUGAUCACGUCCCUCUCUAGUGGAGAUUCUUGUCCCUGCAGACUCUUCUGAUCAAACUGUCUGGAUUCUCCACACACAGAACAAGCGGCAGUGUCAUCACCACAGUAAUACAUGAAUGGAGGGUCGAUGACAUCUCUGUAUGAUUGACAGAUGUGUGACAGACGGGUGUUCAUGAGUAAUUCAGCUGCUUCUCUGUUAUUCUGAUACAUUUAUGACUUUGACCUGUUCACUGUGAUGUCUGUGUCACCAUACGUCCAGAUGUUAGAAGAGUUUAGUCUGGUUCACAUUUCAACAAUCACUCAGGUAUAUUCAGUCACUGUUGAGAAGAUUCAUAAUCGAUACGCUAAUAAAUCCGUCCUGCUCCUUUUCAA